AUGUAUACUGUGUUCACGCCAGGAGGCAAAGACGCAUUGGCGAUCAAGAGGGAGUCUCAGAUCUUGGCGAUAUUCGACAGCAUGGGAUACGGCGUCGUUUUCGACAUGGACGGCGCGGCGAGGCUGUCCUACAACCAGAUCGGAGGAAUUUUUACGGACAAUCCCGCCGGUCUGCCCCUCGUUUGGACUUGGAACACGAAUCCGAGGGAAUCGAUACUCGAGACCGUGUACACGGAAAAUUUAACCGAUGAAAUGAAAUUUUUCCCACCGACUGACAAAUCGGCGGAAAGUUCCGGAAAUGUUAAGACACCGAUAUCACCGUCCGGCUCGAGAAAUAAGGAAAAGAAGGUCGCUGAAGUGCAGAAACCUGUUGUCGAGGAACGACAAGAAGAGGUCGGGAGCAAAUACAUUAUUCAUGUCUUUAGAUCGAACGGUAACCAAGAGUUUCCGAAAGAAGAAGACGUUCAUCACAUAAAAAUAAUGUGCAUGAAAUUGAAUGAAUUUUUUAGCCUGCGAAUCGUCGAUCGGAAGAAUAUCAGUUUACGGUUUUCUGCUAGAAAUAAGAAUAUCAGGAUAGAAUUGGGUACAAUUGUGAAUUUUAAUAAAGAAGUAGCAUCUUACAUGGUGGAAGCAAGUGAUUGGAAAAGCGACGUGUUGAAGUAAGCCAAUAAUAAAGUUUCCGAAUUGUACGCGCGAAAUCUAAAAAUAAUCUUUGUCGCCCAGAUGCAGAUUCCAAGACAAAUUGACCAAGAAAUUGGAAUCCGAAAGCAGUUUAUACGAUUUAGCUCAGGAGUAUCGAAAAGUAAAGAGAUUUGCGAAGGAACGUAAAGCUAUGAUCGCCAAAUACAAACCUUUUUCCCAGAUCAGCCGCGCCUUCAAUUGAUCGUGCAAAACUAAAGAUUGUGUUGAAUAUUGUGAGCUUCGUGGUCGAAGAAGAAAAUGCUAAGUACUCUAAAACUAAUUAUGAUUUUUCUUUAUCUACGUGAUUCCCUAAUUUACGUAAGGGAAAGAUUACGUAAAGGUCAAGAAAAAGAGAAGAAACGCGCAGAUUUAUAUAAAUAAAAAUGAUCAUGUAAUUAAAAUAAUUCUCAAACAAUUAAUUGUAACGGAUGUUUUGUGGAUACAUUUUUCGCGCUGGUAUAAUAACGUAUACAACACAUUUCGCGCAUUGCGUGUGUGAUCUCAUACGUUUCAUGUUUGUGUAUGUAUCGGAAUGUAUGAACGUGUUGUAUAUGUGUAUGCGUGUAUGUUACGUGUGUGUGUGUGUGUGUGUGUGUGUUUGUGUGUGUGUUUAUGUGUGUGUGUGCUUAAAACACAUACGUAAAACAUAUUCCCAAAUUCCGGGAAUAUUCCUCGAUGAAAACCUUAAGUACUAAGCGAAGUAAAGAAAGGGUAAUGUCGUACAAUUUUGAUCAAUAAAUUAAGUUAGAUCGAUCGGAAUGAUAGAGUUAGAAAAAGAAUAAAGAGAGGGAGAUAAUAAAUAGAGUCUUCUCGUUAAAUCUUAAGCGGCUUAGCGAGCGUUCCAAGGGGAGAGAGAGAGAGAGAGAAAGAGAGAGAGAGAGAGAGAGAAA